CCACUACCUCAGCUUCUGCUCCAAGUCUAAUUGAUCCGCCGUGGAAACUCGGUUGCCUUGCUUUUCUAGCCUUGCUAUAUCUACUCUCUGCAAAUCCGUCCCACCGACGACGCUAUCUUUGGCUGUCCGCCGACACCUUCGCUCUCAUCAAACACGCCGCUUCCUCGAUGGUUUCCCUGCAGCCUCCCAAUUCCUCUUCUCUCCAAUCUCUCUCCAUUCCUAUACUUCAAAUAGGACCUAAAACCGAGCAUCUCGCCCUAGCAUCUCAGCACGGAUGGAACAUUGAAUUCAUACGUCGAAGUACCAAAAUAGACCGCCAUCUUCCAUCACAUUCAAUCUCUUUCAUCGCUCAGAGAGGGUCUGCACAAUGGCAUAUCAGAGCUACCUUCCUAGGCGAGCCUUCUGGCCAGGAGACUGGCCAGAAAGUUUAUUGGCCAAAGCGAUGGCACGACUUCAGGGCUCUAUGUCGCUACAUCAAUUUCGAUCCGCUUCCCCUUCUUGACGACAAGUUCACAGAAUUGUUCAUUACGCCAAAGCCAGAUCCCUCUACUACAGCACAGUUACUUCCACUCAAAGAGCUGCCUAGCAGUGACAGCGAUUAUGCCACUUUCCGAAAGGCCAGUCUCUGGUUCCAUGUGCGGGAGUACCCCGAGUAUACACGUUAUCCCCUCCAUAUCGGCUCUGGACGCACAAUUCAUCUCAGGAACAUCCAGCGCGUAGAAGAUAUCAAUUCCCAUGAACAUGUCAAUACAGCGCGCAUCUCAGGUGAUGAACGCCAAUACGUGUACAAAGGCGUGGACAGACUCAUCUAUUUUCCACACGAUACCAAGGUUCUCGAGCAAGAGUUGCGAAAUCUGGAGCUGUUUCAUGGCAGCAAGCGGAUCGUGCAGCUCGUUGCUGCCGUGAUAUCCAGUAGCCCAUAUCAAUCAAGGGAAUCCGGAGCGUCGCCACCUGUCCUUCGCGGAAUCCUUCUCGAAUAUCAUCCAAAUGGUACCCUGCACGAUGUAUUGCAAUCUCCGGAGCCUUGGAUGCAUAGCUCGUCAUGGUGGUUACGAUGGGCAUUUGACAUCUCAACGGCUUUAGCAUACAUGCAUCAGAUGGGAGUGACACACAUGGAUCUCAAGCCAAAGAACGUGGUCAUGAGCAAAGAAUGGAAUGCUAUUAUAAUCGACGUCAGCGGCAUUGGAGGCACCACUGAUGAGUGGUUACUACCAGAACUAUUUGAAUCACUGGAUAGGUGUUCAGAGAGCUGGGAAUUGCGGGUGCAGAGUGAUACGUGGGCACUGGGUAAGAUUCUGGCUUUGAUGGUCAAGGCUAUGAAUGGUAGUGGCAAGGAAGAAGAGAAGCUACUCUUGUUUCAAAUUGCUCAAGAUGUUGAAAGAACCCGUGGCUGUAUCUCUCUCGCCGCCAUUUCCGAUCGACUCUCCCAAGUCGUCGCUUCGAUUGAUGGUCUGGUUGACAAUGAAUAACUCCUGUGUCUUUGAUCCCAUUUCAGCCUCGUAUAU